GGCUUCCACUUGUAGUAGCUACAUAUUCACACUUGUCCGUUCAACGUACUACAGAGCUUUGGUACGAUUGGUGAUGAUGGAAGAGAGACGACGACGAUACAGACACUUCGUGGGUUUUGGAAUGUUGCUGUCUCUUUCUCUGUUUGUGAAGGGCAACGCCAUUGAAGAUCUCAUUGGCAUUAAUGGAAGAUCUUUCUCUUCCGAGGAUAAUCACUCCGCCGUUGCCAGAAAGCUUCUGCUGUCUCCUGAUGAUAAGGGGGACGGAAACAGGAUAGGGACAGAGUGCUCGAAAGACGACAUAGGGAUAAUGCAGGGACCAACGGCACCGAUGCCGAACGGAGUGCCGGCCUACACGGUGGAGAUAGUGAACGGGUGUGUCUCCGGCUGCAGCAUUGCGGAGAUCCACGUCAGCUGUGGCUGGUUCACCUCGGUCAGGCUGAUCAACCCUAGAAUUUUCAGGCGAGUAAGUUACGACGACUGCCUUGUCAAUGACGGAAUGCCUCUGGGUCCUGGUCAGAUCCUCUCCUUCCAGUACGCCAACAGCUCCUUUCCCUACCCUCUCUCUGUUUCCUCUGUUUCUUGCUUCUGAUGCUACCAUCUCUGUUCAAAGAUCUGAUGUCUUAUCGCAAAAACUGUACCU